UACCUGAUCAUACAUUGUUGUUUGCUAACGACUUGAGUUCCACCUGCAAAUGACAGGGGUGCAUAUGUUGAUCUUGUGUACUUUGAACUUCCCGACGUUUCCAUGCGGACCUAACGACGCUGUGUUUGCCUCAUACGGGCGGGGCACGAGCUACUAACUGCCAGUGCUUGUCUACUUAGAGGUUCGAUAGAAUCAGGGCGCGUGCAGGUUUCUGACUGGCUGUUGGAUUGCCCUGUCACGCAGCUGUUUGCCACUCAAAGCAGGCGAGCAACGAACAGUUUCCCCACACCCCCAGGCCAAUGUAGUGGUGAUCUUCCUCAACCCCAGUCACGUUGUUCUCCAGUCACCCUGCUAGAUACAUAGAAUUACAAAAACUCACCAACCCUUCACGUCUGAGAAAUUACUUGUAGCGUCUGCAAGUCUAAUCGUAGAAUUGGAGUAACAACAUUUUUCUUUAGUGGGACAACGAGGGGCAAAUCGUUUCGAACGGGUUGCGACGCCGCCAGUUUUACCGUUAAUUCCCUCGGUGUAUGGAACGGAGGCAUAACACACGAUACGCAGCCGCCUUAGCUGCAGCUGCGGCUGCUCCGCCAAAACAGAGUGAUAAAGAGAAAGGUAUAAGAGUGGAGAAAGAAACAGAAAAUCCUGAACCACAGGAUAUCACUGAAACUCCAUCGGUAAUGAGCAAGCAAGAAAUGUAUGAAAGUUUUCAAAGCUGGGCUCUUAAGACUUAUGGCGAUAGCGCCAAAACCAAGACAGUGACAAGACGAAAAUAUAACCGAAUAUUGAAAAUUCUAAAAGGAGAAGAAAAUGACAAUGCCGAAAAUUCCAAAUUCCGAUUUUGGGUCAAAGCCAAAGCGUUUCGUAUUGGACCACCGCCGGACCAGCAGAUCGAAGGGAAGCGAUCAGACAACUUGUUAUACGUACCUUGUAGCCGACUUACUACACGUGGAACUGCCGAGACAAUCUGACAUGGAUUGAAACCUUUUCCGCACGAAUGAAUCGUGAUAUUUAGAAGGGAAUUAAUCGGUAAAACUGUUCGAUGGGUGUAUAAUUCAU